AUGAAUUCACAGUCGAAAAACCAGGGUUCUGGACUGGCAACAAGCUUGCCAAUACUGGACCCUACACAGCCUCAUACUUUCCUCAAGCCGACCAAGAGAAUCCACGAGGGUCACGAUGUGUCCGAGUUCCUCACAUCAAGAGCCUAUGGAGAUAUUGGCACCUUCGUCAUGCAGCUCAAUGUAUCUAUGUGUCCAAGGAAAGACCAUGGUUCAGAGCGAGUUCAGAAAUGGCAGCUUGAUUCACCCAUCCCACUGUCAGAGCCUGUCCGCAAGUUGCAAGAGCUGCUACAAAGCAUAGACGCCAUUAUCGAAGAAGUACCACCUGACACAGGACCCCGGAGAUUUGGUAACGUCAGUUUCAGAAAAUGGUAUGAAGUUCUAGAAUCGCGAGUGCACGACCUUCUCCAGGCGUAUUUGGCGGCAGAUGUUCUUAACUUCAAUUCCAAGUCAGACGGUGUUUCAGCCUUGGAUGAGCUCACUCCUUACCUACUUGGUAGUUUUGGUAGCUCUCAGAGACUGGACUAUGGUACGGGGCACGAACUUAGCUUUCUUGCAUUUAUAGGUUGCAUUUGGAAGCUUGGUGGGUUUUCUAAAGGCUAUGCCCAAGAUGGAUCUUUAGAGAGAAGCAUAGUUAUGGGAGUAAUAGAGCCAUAUUUGCGUGUCGUUCGUCGUCUUAUUCUCACAUACACCCUUGAGCCUGCCGGAUCCCAUGGAGUAUGGGGUCUAGAUGAUCAUUCUUUCCUACCUUACAUAUUCGGCUCAGCCCAGUAUUGCCCAGCUAUAAAACCGGGUGAGACUAUUCCAGUUGAAGGCUCUCUGCCGGAUUCGCCGAACCCUGGGGAUAUCACAAAGAAGAACGUGGUUGACCGAGAGAGAAGCCGUAACAUGUAUUUCGCAGCCAUUGGAUUCAUUAACGAUGUCAAGACCGGACCCUUCUGGGAACACAGCCCUAUACUUUUCGAUAUUUCUGGUGUUCGUGCAGGGUGGGCCAAGAUAAAUAAGGGCAUGAUCAAGAUGUAUAAUGCAGAAGUCUUGUCAAAAUUCCCAGUCGUCCAGCAUUUCCCAUUCGGAUCGCUAUUCAGUUGGGAGCAAGAUCCAAAUGCGACGCCGCCGGUGCAAUCAGCCCAUACUGCGAAUCAGCCGGCCGGUACUUCCAAUUCUGGGGCUUCAACCGCCCGACCUUCACCAGCUCAGGGCACGAGAGCUCCUUGGGCAAAUCCACCUCCAGGAGCUACUAUGGGGUCCACGGCGGCACCGUGGGCGCAAUCAUCUACAGGGCCGCCACAACAGGGGAUGCCUUCUACAAGAGCGCCGUGGCUUCAUAGCAACCCUUCAAACGCUGUUGGUGGACCACCUAGAAAUACAGGAGCAGGCGCGAACCCUCCAUCGUUUAGCAAGCCCGAUGGUCCAACUAAAGCGCCAUGGGCGGACAAGAGGCAUGAAUCAAAGUAA